UCUGUGUGAGGUUUGCUUUCCUCGAAGGUGAGAAAGUCUAUUAACAGCUGUUGGUGGAUUAUCAGGUUCAAGCAGCCACUCCCCGGAGGACUGAAUGCACAUAUGUUACGUAAGGACCGCACUGGGACCGGUGCUGAACGUCGUCAUGACUCCAGCUGACUCAUACGAUGUGGCAUAAGAUGGGGGGGCCAUGAUUUACAUUUGUUGGCAGAGAUUUGUAUCAGCGCAGAGCAGAGGGAGUGAGGUGGACCCUGAUGUUUUUGGUUGAGGAUUUCCUGCCUUUUUGGAUUCUGACUUUGGCGUGUUGCUUUCCCUCAGUCACGUCUGCGAGCGGAUUUUAAUGAGGACCACAGGAAACCAGCGCAGUGAGCCUUGCAGUCGAGGGAUUCUCACACCUCUCCGCGGCCUCUCUUGCUGUAGCUUUUUCCCCACCGGGAGAGCGUCAUGGAUCCGUCCCAGGACCGGCUGUCGGACUGGAGCUCAGUCCAGCCCAGCUUCUCCCCACUGCUGCAGCACGACGGCUCUCAGGAGAGACUCAACCACACCUACGGCCUCCACAGCUCCAUAAUGAUGCCCACCGCUUUCAGCUCACCCACGGCCUCCCUCCAUCAACCUCUGCCCUCUCUGCUGCCCUCCUCUCUCAUCUCCUCGCCUUUAUUCUCCACCGUCUCGACCUCGUCGCUUCAACAAGCAUCUACUCUCGACUCCCAGCCGUCCUCCUCCUCCUUUCCCUUGACCCUGUCCACCUUCUCGCCCAGUGACCUGGCGGACCUGGAGAGCAUGCUGCUCUGGACUCUGCACGAGCCCAGCACGAUCGCUCUGACCAUCAUGUACUGUCUGUCUUUCAUUUUGGGAUUUGUUGGGAAUCUAAUGUCCCUGCGUGUCCUGACGAGCAGGCGCAGCCGCCGGCUAGCUGGCGUCAGCGCCACGCGCAGCCUCCUGGUGAACCUGGCGGUGUGUGACCUGGCUGUGGUGUGUGUGUGCAUGCCCAUCACCCUGGGGAACGAGAUCUACCAGGCCUGGGUGUACGGUGACCUCCUGUGCCGAGCCGUGCCCUUCACACAGGCCAUGUCGGUCUCAGCCAGUGUGCUAACGCUGACGGUGAUCAGCGUGAAUCGCUACUACAGCGUUCGCUCGCCACUGCGAGCUCGCUCCAUGUUUACCCGCCGUCGGAUCUUGGCGACGGUCGCCGUGGUGUGGACGGUGUCUUCGAUCAUGUGCGCUCCCAUCGCAGUGAUGAACCGGCGACGGGAGAUCAGCUUUGGGACGUUUGCCAUCUUGGUCUGUCAGGAAGCGUGGCCACAGCAUCGCCUUAAACAGGGAUACAAUGUGCUGCUCUUUGUGAUGCUCUACUGCCUGCCAGUGACCUUUAACCUCACCAUAGGCUUCCUCACCGGCAGGCGGCUUUGGGGAGGGAGGAAAUCCACGUUCGCUGACCUCGAUCCUCGCAGCCAAGCGCUGCACGUCUCGCGCCUCAAGAUGCGCCAGAAGAUCGCCAAGAUGGUGGUGUGCCUGGUGCUGCUGUUCGCAGUGUCCUGGCUGCCGCUCUACUUGGCUGACCUUUGGAUCGACUGCGACGAAAGGCCACCAUCUUGGCUCCUGCAGACGCGGCCAUUCGCCCAGUGGCUGGGUCUGACGAACUCCAGCCUUAACCCUAUCUGUUACUGCUUCAUAGGGGACCUGUACCGCUCAGCCAAGGUGAUACGGACGCGUUACUACCAGAAAGUUGCGGCUCUCUUCGGCACCUCCUCAUUCUCCAGCUCGGCUGCAGUGGCGUCUCCGGUUUCGGUGAUUGCAGACACCAAAGUGACUUCUGCCGACCGCAACCACAUUGCUGCCGCUGCCGUGGCGGCGUCUGCGUCCAUUGUUACAAUCCCAAGGCUGUUGAGCCUGGCUAGAGGCCAGGGAAAGGGGCAGAAGGUCGCAGACAGUUCGGAUAGCCGAGCUGGAUCCGACCACAGUAUCUCAGACUGGUGUCGGUCCAGUCCCAGCGUGUGUGAUGGCUCCUUGUUCCCCUGCAAGUUCAACACACUCCAGAACUCCAUACAAAGAGCAGACCUGCUUCCCACGAGAAGACACUCUGUGAAUGAGAACGCUGGACCACUAUCGUUAAGAAUGGAGCCUGUGGAAAUAGACAUGCUUCCUUUGAGGAGGCAUUCGGGGGACAGAGUAUACGGUCUGUCAGAAGAUAAGAGAGACAUUAUUACCAUGGGCAUGGAUGCUCUCUGUUAUACAGGACAGCACAGGAGCAAAACAUCACAAACCUUUUCUCUGGUAGUGGACGAGGAGGAAGAAACAACCGAUUUGACCAGCCUUUGAAGCCUGCAGAUAAUCUGUCGUAUCACCAGGGAAGAAUUCUUUCUUCUUCUUCUGUCACGCACAGCUCCUGAUUCACAGUUUGCAGUUGACAGUGUGUGUUAAGCCCUUGCCAAAGCCAUUGUUUGUCUUGGGGCUAAAAUGACCUGGUCCGCACUCUCCUUCUGUCUGUGUGUCGUAUUCUCUUGUGCCAUCGAAAGCAUGGGACCAGGACCGAUGUUUGCAGCAACGAGAUCACGUUGCUGACAGCAGGCGCAGGGAGCAGUGAUGGAGCCAACCCUGCAGGGAAAGAGUUGAGUGGUUAUUUAGCCUCGGGCUAGAAAACGUGAUAUCAAUAAAAAGGAUGGAUUGCAGCAGUGCAAUCAUCACACGGAAGUGGGAUCAUCAAGUGAUUUAGCUGCUAGUCACGGUUGUUUUCUAACAUCUGCUUAAGACACUGACCCUGCAGAACUGUGCGAUAACUUCUUUUGUUCAGCGUCGUCUCUUUCUGUCUCGUUGCUUUGCUGAUUGUUCUGGUUGCAUUUGCUGCUCACACGAAAUUGCCAAACCCUUUACAUGAUGCAGUGGAUCACACGCGGAUACAGCAUGUAUAGGAGUUUCAAUCAGACAAUCAAUGCCUGCAGCCCGGGAAGGGCACAUGAGUAACAGCAGUCAUUUAUGCAUUCAGUCAUACAGUUGAUCUGAAGGGAACACGAGAUUCACCGUAUACGACGCAGAACAUGAUGGAGGGAGGAAGGAGGACAGUGAAGGGUUUUGUUAUUUGCACAUAAUAACUGUGAUUUUGCUUUUAGGUAAGAAGUAACUUUUCAGGUUCAUCAGAUUAAAGUGUCAGUUCACCCAAAUAACACCUUAAAAAUCAACACAUUUAUUUUCACAUCCCUUAAAGGUCCAUUUUUACACAUUAAAGUGUGUGUACGGGUCUUGAGGAGUUCUACUGCAUGAAUAAGAAAAAGCCUUUAGUGGCUCCAGAGGAAGCUGAAGUGUUUGGGUUUUUUUUUUUUUUUUGGGUUUGUUUUGUUUUUAUUUCUGGUUCUGCUAUAUCGAUUUUGAGUCUUUGUACAAAUUGAGUCCAACAGGGUUUUAGAAGUGCACUGCUAGACAAGUGGGCGGCUUUUUAAAAAAAAAAAACCCAACAAAAAACAGGUGUCUACCUUACCCACAAUGCAACUGAGUCACUGAGUACACACGACAUCUAUCUUUCUGAGGUUUCUUCUUCAUUUUUUUAUUCCCCCUGUUAAAAACUUUUUUUUUUCUCUGUAUGGCAAGAUUUUCCUCACUUGAAUUGAGGGUCAGAGGAAGUUGUUCACUGUAAAGAUUGUAAAGCUCACUGGCACUGAGGCAAAGUGAUUGUGAUUUUAUUUGAUUGACCUUGCUGGAGUCAACUUGUCAGAUGACGUACAGCUUCCUCCGGAGUCACAAAAGGCUUUAGACCAGCUUUUUUUCCUCCACAUUGUGUAGUAACACUCUUCAACACACCGACAUUGGUGGAGUUACUUCGCAGUGGUUUAAAGGUGCACUAUGUCGUCUUGGGGAAGAGAUUUUAAUCAAGAUGUGAAAAACUAUGGCCUUCUGUUUCACUUUGUUUAUAUCUGCAAGACCUUUCUAGCUUCAGACACUGCUCCAGGACCUUUCCCCCUCUGAGGACGGCUUGUUUAUGUUUUGUUACGGAAAUAACCUUCAUCAAAUACAUAUUUAAGCAUUUGUAUUGCCAUAUUGCUAUUGUGAAUGUAACAUUUCUUAUUUUUAUAUUUUCAAAAACUACAUAGUGCACUUUUAAUCUGCCCUGGUGUUGAGAUAAUCUAUGAUUUUUUCUGGUUCUACCCUGUGUAAUUCUGGUCAAUGUAGUUUUUUUUUUUUGUUGUGGUGCUCACAGGAUUUAAAAAAAUACUUUGAAACUGCCGACCAUUUUGCCCCAUCCAAUCUGUUUGAAUGAAAUGUUGGUUCUGCCAGUGUCGUUUUGUCAACGGUGCAGUGGUGUUUGCAGGAAAGCGACAUUUUGAGCGCUUAUCGAAGAAAUAUGCCACCUAAGGCUGCCUUGUGGGUUUGUCAUGUUUGUAGUGUUGCUCACCGAAACCUUGAAGCCUAACGAAUGCAGUGAAUGAGUUUCAUUCAACACGAGACAUGCGCAAAGAAAUGUUUUAUUCCUGUGCUGCAUUUGCAUUCCUUGCAAUCCAGCCCAUUGCUUGUUAACUUGCUAGGAGUCCUCCUCUGCCCACACUGCUGUGUAUUAAAGUGCAUACCUGCCACCUGUACAUCAGUGGAAUCGUGUGGAACCAUCUGUAGAAAUUCAAGUGCAGGUGCCCUUGUAUGAGACAGAAACAAAAUGGGGACCUGUUUUUAAAAGAAAUGCUCUACAGGUACAAAAUUCCUCGUGGUACCUUUCAGGGUUGUUUUGUCCACAAGAUUAAUGCACGAUCUUAUCUCAACUUGUCGACAUUGUUCUGGCUCUGACGAGGAGAGGAAGACGAUGUUCCAGUUCUUCAUCCAACAGGCCAAACAACUGUCAGAACAGACCCAUAACUGCAAUGAAUGAGACAAAAUGAAACUGCAAGUCCAGAUGCCUCUAAAGGUCAGAGACGAUGUUCGUUAUUUGUGGUGAGCUGACUCUUAGGAAAAAAAAAAAAAAAAUGCUGAUAUCACAUGAACUGCACUGCGAGUAGCUACAGAACAAUACAACAGCAUCAGGUUUGAUGUUUGAUAACGGGAGAGUUUGGGCCCCCGACCACAAACACUGCCUGUUAAACCAGCACAUAGCUUUAAAGGUGAGAGAGAGAAAAACAACAACACACACACAGACACGCAAAUGCACGCACAUGGACACAAACAUCUACAUCUACCCUCCGGCUGCUGUGUCCGAGGCAAAGGUGGUGAACCGCUGUGACAUCAAGCUGCUAAUCACACUUGUCCUUGCAGCGAAAGUAAGGUGGUGCAACACUCAAGGCAUCAAACUGUGUUGAGACUGUCCUAUUUAUGUCAUUGGAUGAGGUUGCUUUGUACCUAAGAAACUCUCAAUGCCAUUAUGCUGUGACCGUGUCUUUCAUCUCUCCUCCUCUCUUCACUUUCAUCUACCUCUCUCGCUGUCUCAGUUUUUGCACCAUGCUAAUGGAAGGCAUGUGUACUCAACAAUGCACAUUUUGGUGUUUCAUUAAAAAAAAAAAAAAAAAAAAAAAAGAAGCAAAAAGCAAAAAGCAAAAAAAAAAAAAGCAAAAAGAGUUUGUCUGUGGUCAGCUGUAACUGUGACGGAGACGCAAAAAACGAUUUGCGCACAUGUUCAAAGAGCCUAAAACGCCAGCUGUUCUUGAAAACACUUCAGCUUGAGGAUUUUAAAAAGUUGUCUUUAGUCUAAUAGGGACGUAAUAAAUAGCGGGAGGCCUGGAAUAGGAAAAGAUAAAAGGUCUGCACAGUUCUUGGAUUCCUUUGUCCCGUCGUCUCCCGUUCC